CCGUCCGGCUGGCUGCUUUCAAUUAGCUGGUGGGUCCGUGUGUUGGGCGCCCGCUCCUGCCUGCUUUUGUGGGGCUGCGGGGGGCUCCCUGCUCAGUUCGGGCCAUGCUCCCCGGCCGCCUUCUCCUGCCACUGCUGGGGCUUGUGCUGGGCUGGAGCCAGCCCCCUGGGGGUGCUCAGAGGGUCAAGCUCCUCUUCACCCCCAUGAUCUGCCGGGUGCAUUGCCGUGGGGGGCAUUGCGCCAACCGGUGUGAGCGUGGCAAUGCCACUACUCUGUUCAGUGGGGAGAACACCCGCCCGGCUGAGGGGGUUCCCGGAUUCCGUGUCUUCUUAUGUCCACUCAUCUGCCAAAAUGGUGGGGUCUGUCUGAAGAAGGACAAGUGUCUCUGUCCCCCUAGCUGGACAGGCAAGUUUUGCCACCUCCCAGCUCAGCCUCAUUCCCAGAUCCAGGCCCCAGCCCGCCGAGGAGCUGAGGUGGAUUCUCCCCUUGAGAGGGCAGCACAGCCAGCCACCAAGUCCAUGUACACCCUGCCAAUUGCCAACCAUCGACAGGAACGUGACGGUGUGGCCUCAAUGGUGAAUGUCCAUGUCGAGCACCCCCCUGAGGCAUCGGUCACCAUCCACCAGGUGGAGCGGGUGCAAGACGAGGACCUGCCUGGAGACAGCAAUUCCCUCCCGCUCUCCCGCCCUGCACUCUACAGCGUUCUGGCGCAGAGCAGCUCUCGAGACCCGGGGGGCUACAGCGAGGACUCUGGGUUUGGCUACUGCUUCAGACACUUGCGUGGAGGAGAGUGCAGUGCCCCCCUGCCUGGUCUGCGCACCCGGGAGAUCUGCUGCCGUGGGGCUGGCCUUGCCUGGGGUGUCCAUGACUGCCAGCCAUGUGCCGCGGGUGACGGAGGGGACAGCAGUUCAGUUGGAAGGAAUGAGGUGGCCUGCCCCAAGGGCUUCCGUCGGCAAAAUGGCUCCUGUAUUGACGUUGAUGAAUGCCAGGAGAGACUCUAUUGCCGAAACGGGGACUGCACCAACACCCGAGGCAGCUUCACCUGUGUGUGCCAUGAGGGCUACAUCCUUGACUCUUCCCGCAGCAGCUGCAUCUCCCACCAUGUCAUCUCAGAGGCGAAAGGUCCCUGCUUCCGGGUGCUGCGAGAGGGGGGGUGCUCCCUGCCAAUCCUCCGCAACAUCACCAAGCAGAUCUGCUGCUGCAGCCGGGUGGGCAAGGCCUGGGGGCAUAGCUGUGAAAGCUGCCCGCCUUUCGGCUCAGACGGAUUCAAGGAGAUCUGCCCAGCUGGCCCUGGUUACCACUACUCUGCCUCUGACCUCCGCUAUGACACGCGCUUCCUGGGCCAGGACCUGCCCCGGGUGCCCGUCAGCCACCAGCCAGGCGGGCGGCAGGCUGUGGGGAGGCUGCCACCAACAACCACAGCACCUGCCAUCCAGCGCUGGAGCCCGCCCCCCACAGUCUUGCUGGAGCACCAACCUCCUUGGGCUGUGCCCACUCAGUCCCCUGGGCCUGAAGCAGCUCCCCCAGAGCCUGAGCGAGGGGUUUGUGCACGGCACCCCCCGGUCUGUGGUCCGGGACGCUGCAUUCCCCGCCAGGGUGGCUACACGUGCGUGUGUGACCGUGGGUACUGGCUGAGCCCGCAGGGCACCCACUGCAUUGAUGUGGAUGAGUGUCGACGGAGCCCCCGCCCUUGUGCCAACGGGCACUGUGAGAAUUCUUGGGGCAGCUACAGCUGCAGGUGCCACGCUGGCUACCGGGCUGACCCUUCUGGAACGGGGUGCCAGGACAUUGACGAGUGUGCCAGAACACCCCCUCCCUGUGCCAACGGGCACUGCCACAACACCCUUGGCUCUUACCGCUGUGCCUGUCUUCCCGGCUACCGUCCUGACCUGGCUGGCUCCGAGUGCCAAGACCUCGAUGAGUGCUCCCAGAGCCCGUCACCCUGUGCUCACGGGCGCUGCGAAAACGUACUCGGCUCUUACCGCUGUGCCUGCCCGACUGGCUACCAGGCUGGCCCCACUGGCACCGAGUGCCUGGAUGUGGACGAAUGCCAGGGGAGCCCCCUCAUCUGCCAGCCAGGCCAUUGUGAGAAUGUACCUGGGGGCUACCGCUGCACCUGCCCCAUUGGCUACCAGCCCGGCCCCCUGGGAACCCUUUGCGUGGAUAUAGAUGAAUGCCAGCAAGAACCCCCACCCUGUGGCUCUGGGCGCUGUGAGAAUGUGCCCGGUGGGUAUCGCUGCCUCUGCCCCACCGGAUUCCGAGCUAGCCUGACGGAGGACCAAUGCCUGGACAUUGAUGAGUGCUCAGGGCGGUCACCCUGCGGCCCCCAUGGGCAUUGCUCCAAUACCGAGGGCUCAUUCCACUGCCAGUGUGAGCAAGGAUAUCGGUUGGAGGGCAGAGGUGGCCCCUGCACAGAUAUUAACGAAUGCUUGGAGGGGGACUUCUGCUUCCCACGGGGGGAGUGCCUCAACGCAGAAGGCUCCUACACCUGCCUGUGUGCCCAAGGCUUUGCCACAGCCCCGAGCGGGGCCUCUUGUGUAGAUAUUGACGAAUGCCAGAGCAGCACCAUAUGCACUGGUGGGCGGUGUGCGAACACAGAGGGCUCCUUCCAUUGCUACUGCCCGCCUGGCACCCGGAGCAGUCCUGGCAAGGCCUCCUGUGAUGAUAUUGAUGAAUGCAAGGAGUAUGGGGCGGCCCUCUGUGGAGGACAGCGCUGCGAGAACUCUGCUGGUUCUUACCGCUGUGUGGCAGAGUGCCAGUGGGGCUACCGAGUCAGUGCCACAGGGGAUUGUGUGGAUGUUGAUGAAUGCCGGGAGUACGGGGCACGAGUGUGUGCAGACAAGCGUUGUGAGAACACUCCUGGGUCCUACCGGUGUGUGGCCAGCUGCCAGUCGGGGUACCAAGCCACUGCUACUGGGGACUGUGUGGAUGUGGACGAGUGCAGGAAUGCCUCACUGUGUGGGGCUCACGCUGUUUGCCACAAUCUGCCAGGCUCCUUCCAGUGCAUCUGUGACCAAGGUUACGAAAGUGCCAGGGACGGCCAGCAUUGCCUGGAUGUGAAUGAGUGUGAGACGCUGCAGGGUGUGUGUGGGGCAGCCCCGUGUGAGAACGUGGAGGGCUCCUUCCUCUGCAUUUGCCCUGGGGCUGUUGAGGAGUUUGAUCCAAUGACAGGACGCUGCAUUCGUCCGCCUGGAGCCGCCGCGCGGCCCCCGUCCUUCCCCAGGCGCCCAGAGGCUUCUGUCCCUGACUCCCACCUCUCUGGGGGCAGUGAUGGCGUCCGACGGGAGUGCUACUAUGACCCCAAUGCAGCACAGGCUUGUGAGAACGUCCUGGCAUGGAAUGCAACCCGCCAGGAGUGCUGUUGCAGUCUUGGCCACGGCUGGGGCCUUGACUGCCGCAUCCAGGAGUGCCCACCCCCAGGGACAGCCGAGUUCCGGACCUUGUGCCCUCACGGGAGUGGCUACGCUGCUGCCACAGGCCCCGGCAGUGCCUCUGCCCUCACAGAUGUGGACGAGUGCUCCCUCUUCAGCACCCAGGUAUGCAAGGGUGGGGUCUGCGUGAACAAGGUGCCUGGCUACUCCUGCUACUGCCCCAGCGGCUACUACUACGAGACCCAACACCUGGAGUGCAUUGAUAACGAUGAGUGCCUUGACGAGGAGGCAGAGCCGUGCGUGGGGGGGCACUGCAUCAACACCAUUGGCUCUUACUACUGCUCCUGUGCCCCGCCACUGGUCCUGGAUCCCUCCCAGCGCCGCUGUGUGGCCAACAACAGUCAAGGGGCAGAUGCAAACCUAGGCAUGUGCUGGCAGGAAGUGGGGCCGGACUUGGUGUGCAGCCGCCCUCGCCUCGAUCGCCGUGUGACCUACACGGAGUGUUGUUGCCUUUAUGGGGAAGCCUGGAGCAUGGAUUGCGCCCUGUGCCCGGCCCGUGACUCAGAGGACUUUGAGGCCCUGUGCAACGUCCUUCGCCCCCCCAGCUAUGGGCCAGUGCAUCCCGGAGGCCUGGGGCUGCCCUUCGAGUAUGGGGGCAGUGACUUCAUGCCCUAUGGACCAGAGAUAUUUGCGCCUCCGGCCGGGCCAGCUCCACGGCUUCCUGACUAUGACCCCUACCCCCGAGACUCACUCUACGGCCCCUCCCCCUAUGAGGCUGCCAGUGACUCUGAGGACCCGCCCUAUGGUGACCUGCGGCCUGAGGGCUUGCCUGAGCCCCCACACGGAGGAUACCGGGCCCGCAGCCCCCCGCAGCCCGAAUGGCACUACCCAUUGCGUCACAGCAGCAGCAGCAGCACCCGGACUUCCUACUCUGAGCGGCCAGGCCGAGCCAGUGAAGACUACCGCCAUUCAGAGGGCUUUGGGGGACCCCCAGCGGAAGAAUGUGGCAUCCUGAGUGGCUGUGAAAAUGGGCGCUGUGUCCGGGUCGCCGACGGGUUCACCUGCGCCUGCCAUGAGGGCUACCGCCUUGACCCCACCCGCGUGGCCUGCCUUGAUAUUGAUGAGUGUGUCGAGGUGGAGGGACUCUGCCCAGGCAGUGAAUGCUUCAACGUGGACGGCUUCUACCACUGUUUGUGCCCACGUGGCACAGUUGGGCAGCCCCCCCAUUGUGUCCCAGCCCCCCGCAGUCAAGGCUGAGCUGAGAAUGAAAGCCAAGUAUUUAUUGCCUUAUGGACUGGGGGGGGGAGAUGGGGGGAGAACCGCUGCAUAGCCUGUUCCCCCAAAGCAUGUGGCCCAAUGUGCAUUGUCCCUCUCCCCCACCCAGAAUUGCCCUCAGAAGCAAUCCAUAUUCUCUAGGAAGAUUCACUGAAGCCUGCAAGGGACAGUGUCCUGUCUGCUCCUGGGGACUUGGGUGGGGGGAUCUUCUCUGCACUCCCCAAACUGUGCCCCUGUUCACAGCAGCAGUGAGAGACUGGAAGAAGUUCCAAACCAAAAUGAAGUAUCAGGAGAACUUCUCUGUCAAACUCAGCUGCAUGGGUAGACGUUCAUUCACACCAGCCGAGUGGCCCGUCGCUCUUCCCCCUUGCUGCCCAAGGCUGGAUCCAUGUGUAUCUGCAGUCAAAAACAAAAGCCACCCCAUCUUCUGCUUUCUGGAGCUGGAAGCCAGGUUAUCUCCAUGGCCUGCUUUGUGACUCCCAGCCCUCAGGGCAGAUGGGAAAUACGGCUCCAUGCCUUCCUCUGGCCUUUGUAACAUGCCCCUGGCACAGCACGUGCCAUCACUGGUGGGGUGGAGAGCUGCUCUGCCAGCUGCCUUUCCUCUCUGUCACUGCAAUUAGAAGCCCAGACCUCUGCUUGCUUUUGCCCAAAGAAUACGUUGCCCACUUGCUUGGUGGCAUGGGAGAGGGGGACAGUAACAAGGGCUUUUGCAAUCCCACGGCCUCCAGCCAGUGCCCAAGAGCUUGGAGCUUCAGUGAGGAAAUGCCUUCCUCAGCAGGCCCAGAGGGUGCAAGUCUGCCAAAGCUGAUGGCAGAAAUUAGCCUUUGCAGUCUUCCAUGCCCUCCACAGGCAGGUGGGUGCGAGAACAAGAUUUCUGAUCCAGUUCUGCUGCUGCCCAGUUGGGCAGCUGACUUUUCUGGAAGGGGAUCCACAACCACAGACUGCGGAAGAAAGUCACAGUCGUAGCUGGUACUAGGAAACUGGGUUGGGGAGAGAGUGCGUUACUUUCUGCCACACUCUCGUGCCUGACUCUGUGGCUGCACACCUGCCUCCUGGCCUCUUCUGCUCCCCCACCCAGGCAAAGUCCCCAUUUCUCCAGCAAGUGCCUAGUCAUUUCAGAGAUAUAACCCUCACCCCUGGCCUGCCCCAUAUGCAUGGGGCCUCAACUCCUGCCUGUGAGGAUGUUCCAGGCCCCUCACAGCCACAUACUGCUGUUACUGGAACAAUAAAGGUCUUCUGUAAAAUA